GGGGCCGCCGGGAGCAGCGACACCCCCGCGCUCGAGCGUACUGAGACCGUCCCGUUGCCAUGGCGGCAGCGUCUUGCGGGCGGGAGGAGGGAGGGAGCAUGGCGGCCCUGGCCCGGCUUCAGGAGAGGCUGGCGGGACUCCGGGAGGAGUAUUUCCUUACGAACAGAACUGUAGAUGAAGACAGAAAAACAAAGUACAAGGCUGCUGUCAAGAUCCAGCGCUGGUUUCGAGCAUGCAGUGUCCGAGCCUAUCUGAGACAUCUGAGCAAAAUGGCCAUUUUGAUACAGAAGUGGUGGAGAGGUUAUCUAAGAAGAAAAUACUUCAGAGAAGUAGUGGAGAGAGCAUAUUUUAUUAAGAAGCAGAAAUUCUACAAUGAAAUGGCUGUCAGGAUCCAGAAAACGUGGCGAGGCUAUUAUGUUCGGAAGUAUAUCCAUAAUUUUUAUGCUCUGAAGAAAUACUUGAAAGCUGUUUCUGUGAAUAACGAGCUUGUCAGGCGUGAACUCCAAGAGCACGCAGAAAUGAAGGAAAAUGAAGAGAAAAUGAAAGACCUGGAAAAGAAAGAAAAGGAAAAGAAAUACCAAGCCCAAAAGAUGCAUUACCUCCUUAGCACUGAGCAGAUUCCAGGCAUCUACAAUUCGCCAUUCAGGAAAUCCCCAGAUCCAAUGGAACUGCUGCUAUGGCAGUCAAAGCCACUGACCCACAGAAAGCAGCAAGUGAAGAGCCCCUUUGCUGAUGAGCUCUAUGGCUGGCCAACCUGUAAAGAGCCUCCAGCUUUUGUCACAUCACUGCCUCUGCUACCUGCUGACAGACAGAAACCUCAGGGGCCAUUCCGCAAUCCCGCUGAAGUGUUGCAGCAGCGCUACAAGCCUGUGGAACCAACCCUGCGAGUGAGAGAAUCAAUGUAUUCACCACCAGCCAAGGCGAGAGAGCCAACACGAGGGGAGGAAUGGAGAAAUCCCAUCCAUGACAAUGAAUUUCUGCCAUUUUCUUCAUAUCAUAAAAAUUAUGAGAAGUAUGAGCCAUCACUUUUUAAGUCAGGCAAAUAUGGCCAAGAAGCUUAUGGAACUAAACAUUUCAGAGAAGUAUGUCCUAAGAAGUGGAUAACAGACAAGGACUUUGAAACACUGUUUUCAUCAAUUGCUCUCUUCGAAAAGUUUGGAAAAACUUACUCCAGCACUGGGCAAAUAGUGUAAUUGUCCUGGAGACUAAAAUCCAUGAGACACAGGAAAAG